CUCCCUCCCUCCCUCCCUCGCUGCCGCAGAUCGAUGUGACGCUGUCAGUACCUGAGGACUGAACCCUACCUGUGGAUCCUGUCCCCCAGCCGCAGCACCAUGGGGAUCUCCGCGUCCAGUCUGCUGGAUGAGACCACAUCCAACUACAUCAAAGGUCAGGCCGAGGCCGAGCUGAAGGCGUUCAGUCCGUACUACAGGAAGCAGUUCUCCGUGGCUCGUUUCUCUCAGGUGGAAGAUGAUCUGGAGCAGAACAAAGAGAAAAUCACACAGCUGCUCAAACAGCGGGUGGCGCCCGAGGACGGCGAGGUGCUGUACGAGGAGGCCGUCCUUUACUUUGACGACACCAGGAAAUGGAGGGACCGCUACGUGGUGGUGAGAGCCAACUACAGCCUGGAGUGCCACGACAGCCUGGAGACCUUCGUUAAAGGAGUUCCUCCCCGCCAGAAGCUGCUGCCUACAGGGGGCACUGUUCUCACCACGGAGGAGAAGUACAUGGCCAUGGUGGACAAAUGCUUCCCCGACGACACCAACGUGAAGGAGGACUUUGCGCCUCCUCUGUCGGGGAUGCCGGGACAGUUUCCUGUCUACCUGCGUCUGCCCUACAGGAGGGACUCCUACUUCUGCUUCAGACAGCAGGCCAAACAGGCUGCGUUCCUCUCCAUCCUGUCGGACUGCAUCCGGCACCAGAACCAAGACUUCCUGAAGAAGAAGACGUGUGAGGUGCAGGCCUUCCUCAAAGCCAUCCAGCUCUACAGGCAGGACAAAGGCAAAUACGAGGCCUGGGACAUGCUGAGAGGAAGUGACGUCAGGGUGAUGGCCAACCUGGUGAUGGAGCAACUGCUGCCGUCUCUGGAGAAAGACAUGCUGCCUCAUCUCAAAGCCAAGAAGACGGAGAGGAAGAGAGUCUGGUUUGCUACGGUGGAGGCGGCGUACAUCCUGGUCCAGGAGCACCUCCUGGAGGGACUCUCCGCUCUGAAGGAGGAGUGUCGAAUGUCGGUGCGGCAGCAGGAGGUGCUCAUCCACUCCGACAUGGACCAGAUCCUCAACUGCAGACGGCAGCUGGAGGAAAAAGUCCGAGCCAAAGUUUCAGAGCCAGCAGAGAAGCUGUGCUCCGAGUCGGUCCAGCCGUACCUGGGCUCGGUCCUGGAGGAGCUGAUGGAGCCGGUCAGCUCUGGUUUCCAGGAGGGACGGACGCUGAGUGAGACGAUGAUGGACCAGGUGUGUCAGGACGUCCUGCUGCAAGAGAACAACGAGCAACUGAAGAAGGCUCUUGCUGACAUGGCGAGACCGGACCUGCUGAGCUGCUACCAGAAGAUCGGCUCCCUGCAGGAGAAACUGCAGCACCUGCAGGAUCGGUUCGGUUUCUCAAACAUCUCACGAGUGAUCCACAGCGCUCAGAUCGACCUGCAGCAGCUGAUGGAGAAUGCAGCUUACACGUUUGAGCAGCUGCUCCACAAAGCCGUCAAGGACAACCCCGACAACGCCAGCUCCGCCAUUGAAAAGGCCAAACACAGAGUGCUGAAGCAAUAUGAUUACGACAGCAGCACGGUGAGGAAGAGGAUCUCCCAGGAGGCUCUCGUUUCCAUCACUCUGCCCUUUCUAAAGAAGAACCUGGCCCCCACCUGCAAGACCGAGCUUCAGGGUCUUGAUCAGUUCAUCUUCGCCGACCACUCCAACUUCAUCCACAUAGAGAAUGUUUACGAGAGCAUCCUGCUGCAAACCUUGGACAAGGAGGUCACCAAAGUGGUGAAGGAGGCGGCGAGCCUGAAGAAGUACAACCUGUUCACAGACAGCAGAGACCUGCUCAGUCAGUCCAGCCGCUCCAGCCUCUCGUCCCCGUCCGUCUCCACACCGAGCAGCCCCGCCAUGGCGCUCGCCUCUCCCCAGAAAACCUCCCAGCCCCCGUCUCCCCUCGCGGUCAACGGUCCGUCGGUCACACCCCAGAAGGAAGAGCAGCGGGAGGGAGUGAACGGCGUGCUGCAGGGGGAAGCCUCGACGGACGUAGUGGUAAUCGAGACGCCGCUGGGGGCGGUUGAACAGAAAGAGGCGGCUCAGAGCGUCGCUGUCAGUCAGGAGGCGGAGCUACCGGCAGCCCCAGAAGAAGAGGUUUUCCAAACUGUGAAGGCGGAGGAAGCUUUACCAGAUACAACCAACCAGGAACAGGAAGUGAAUGUGGAAGCAGCUCCAGAGACGGUGAUCCAACAGGAAGCUGAACCUCAGAUUCAGAACAAGGCCGCUCCAGAAGAAGCAGAAACCCCCACUGAUGUAGAAAGUCUACAGACAGCAGCACAGAUAGAAGCUCCAGGACCCGGUCCUGAGUCUCCAAAGGAACCAGAACCAGGCCCCCAGUCUCCAAAGGAACCAGAACCAGCCCCCGAGUGUCCAAACGAAACAGUACCAGGUCCAGACUCUCCAAACGAACCAGAACCAGGUCUCGAGUCUCCAAACGAAACAGUACCAGGUCCUGAUCCGCCACAUGAACCCGUAAACACUUCAGCAGAAGGUACUGGGUCCCAGACUGUAGCCAGUGGUGAAGAAGAGUCCCACUGUGGGAGCUCAGAAAUCAAGUUAGCGGCUCCCUCUAGUGGUCCAACACCAGCACUCACACCCCCAGAAGUCAGCCUUGACCUGGAGGAAGCAGAACCAGCUUCUGUCUCAGAACCUAAUUCUCUGGAUGUGUCGGUAGGAAGUGAGUCGGCGCCGUCGGACAUAGAGUCCAUAGAGGAAGUCAAAGUGACAGGGAACAGCGAGGACGAAGUCUCGACGACCUCUGACGUUCUGGAGGACGAGGCCAACCUCGUUAAAUCCCCCGUGAGCUCAGAGGAACCCGCAGAGAACCAAACCGUGAGCGACGAGUUGUCUCCCGAGGCGCGGGCGGAGGCUGAGAGCGCCGCCGUGGAUCGGGACAUCGAGGCGGGUGCGAGCGUGGAGGUGGAGGUGGCGGCGGAGGCUACGAGCCCUUCUGAGCCCGCCAAAGAGGAAAACCCGUCCAGCCCUGAAGUCCAACCCCUGGACUCCAUCAGGGAGAUCCGUGACCUGGUGGUGGAAGUGUUCGAGGUGGAGGAGCUGGUGCAGCGUUACCCGAGUGGAAUUCCAACGGAGGAAUGAAGCAUCGACUGUUUCUGUUGACGGAGCUUCGAUCUCUGGACGCUGCCUCAGAUUGUCCUGAAGUUAAAAUACGAACGGAAACAAACUUUCACAGAAGCUUCCACAAACUCUUUCACACACAUAUGCAUGAAAUUACAGUAAACUAUUUAUACAAAUCAUUUACACAAGUCAACAUGUUAACAGUGUAUAAAAAGCAUCGGGUCUCAUUCGUUCAGCGACUCUGACAGGAUUUUAUUUUUUAUUUUAGCACCAAAUUGUUUUAGAAAAUCUAGAUUUUGAACUAUUUUAUUAAGAUUGUGAAGAAAUGUCUUGGAAAAGAAUCUAUUUUCUUUCUUUCUGGGAGGAUGUCGUGGAAGGACCUGGUUAGCCUAGCUUAGCAUAGAGACUGGAAGCAGAGGGGACCUGUAGCCUGGCACAAAUCAGUGGAUUAUUAUAACUGACAUAUAAGCAGCAUGUUGUCACCCAGUUGUUUCUUUACGAUGCCCAAUUCAUUCAAAUCAUAUUCUAUAAACCCAUCAGAUGUUUUACUCUCUGUUUCUCUCAGGAGGACAAACAGGAACAAUUUAUUGAUCGUAAUUGAUCUAGUUUGCUGGAAUGACUAUAAGACUUUAUUAUCUUCAGACGGGCUUCCUUAAGUCCUCUCACACUGGGGCUCUGUGAUCUACACGUGAACUUACUGACAGAGCUAGGCUAGCUGUUUCCCCCUGCUUCCAGUCUCUAUGCUAAGCUAGGCUAACCACCUCCCGACUCCAGCUCUGUGUGAUUGACAUCCAUCCGACUCUCGGUAUCCUGGCAACCUCUCAGUUGGUAGAAGCGACACAGGCGGGAACAGGAUGAGUACUUACAGAUCAACAGUGAAAAUAUGUUUCUGAAAACAUAGAUUAGCCUAGCACGUAGCAUAUCUAAGUACAGGAAGGAGGAAGUUGACUGAGCCUUGCUCAACUGUGAUUGGAGCAGAGAGCAUUAAGGGGCGGGGCUUAGGAAGGAUCAAUUGAUUUCUCAUUAAUGGUUUUUUUGGGACCUAGAGAAGGAUUUUAACUGAAGUAGCUUAUCAAAGUGCCUUUAUCGUACCUCCGCGUCGCCUCUAUGUGCCUUAAAUCUCACGGUGACAGAAACACACCUCGGUUGCCGUAGAGACCGGUCCGAGUCCGAACACCUGUGCUGGAGCGUCACCUCCACCAAGUGCCUUUCACCUGCGUACAACAUCUCAUACAGACACGGUUAGUCGGACAGUUGGACCAUAAACCGUCCAGCAGAUGAAUGUCGGUUAACGGAGACAUUGUGUGCAAACAUUAAUAAUAAAAUAAGAGUCUAUAAACAAACAUGCCCUCUAACUAUCUCUGUGUGAACUCUGGUUUCAAUGUUGGGGAAACAAUACAAACAAUAAAUGCUUUUAUUUGCCAAUAAAACACAUACAGCAUGA